CCGUUAGACACAUGGAGAAAGAGGAAGGGUCUCAGACGGCUCUCAGUCUCAUUGAAACUCAGCUGAAACUCGAGUCUUUCACGGUUCUUUACUUUCAUUGAGGUUUAAGCUUUUUUCUUUAGUUUUUUCCCCUUUUCUUUUCUUUUUCUGUAAAAUCUCUGAAGCUCGUGCGCUGUCUCGAGGAGCAACAGGGGGUUUCAGCAACAAGUCUCUGGCGCGRUUGAGAGGAGUUUGCCGGAGUCCCAUUGAAGAACCAGCUUGUCUGUUUUUUAAAACUCGUUCUGGAUAGAAGCUUUUUGACCUAAGAGGCUCUCAGUUGUCUGAGUGGUCGUCUACACCCAUCAGUGGACAUCAUGGGUGUUGUCUUCUGCCUGGUUCCAGUCCAGGUUCUGGUUCUGGCUCUGGUUCUGGUCUGUCCUGCUGCAGGUUAUAAUCUGGAUCAGGAGCACAGCAUGGUGUUCAAGGGCCCUCACUCCUCGAUGUUUGGAUACUCUGUGCUGCUGCAUCGCCAUAACUCUGGAAAAUGGCUGCUGGUCGGAGCUCCRGUGGCUAACUCCUCUCAUCAGCUGACUCAAUCUCCAGGAGCCAUUUUUCGCUGCAACAUUAUGGAUGAGAAGCGCCGAUGUGAUCGUCUUUCUGCUGAAAUUUCAAGUUGUGGGAAGACGUGUGAACCGGAGAGCGAUCACCAGUGGCUGGGUGUUAGUUUGUCCAGACAACCUGGAGAAAAUGGUGGACGUGUCCUGGCAUGUGCUCACCGCUGGAAGAACGUGUAUUACUCAAGGAAAGACGGCCAGAACAACAAGCUUCCUAAUGGCGCCUGUUUUCGCUAUGAGAGUGACCUGGUAUCCUACCAGCUCUUUAUCCCUUGCUACAAAGACCACCAGAGGAAGUUCGGUGAGGAUUACGGGUCAUGUCAGGCGGGCAUUUCCAAUUUCUUGACACAGGAACUGAUCAUCGUAGGAGCUCCAGGAUCUUCUUACUGGACCGGCUCGGUUGUUGUCUACAACACAUCCAGCAACUCGAUGUCGGUGUAUCAGGAUGACGAGACAGGAGCUGUCAGCUAUGGGAGCUACCUGGGUUACGCUGUAGGAGCCGGUCACUUCCAGAGUCCCUCUUCCAUAGAGGUGGUGGGUGGAGCUCCACAGUACAAUCAGAAGGGCAAGGCCUUCAUCUUCUCAACAGAGAACAGCAAAAUGCUGCAGGUGGUUUCAGAAGUUACUGGACAUGAACUGGGGUCUUAUUUUGGCUCCAGUCUUUGUGUGGUGGAUCUGAACGCUGAUGGUUUGUCGGACCUGCUGGUUGGUGCUCCCAUGGCAACGGGGACCUCCAGGGAGGAGGGAAGAGUUUAUGUGUACAUCAAUCAGGGGGAGGCGCAGCUGAAGGAGACGGAGUUUAAGCUGACUGGCAGCGAUGCGUAUGCGGCACGGUUUGGAGAGACCAUUGCUGACCUUGGAGACCUGGAUGAUGAUGGCUAUCCAGAUGUGGCUGUUGGCGCUCCACAGGAAGACGACCUCAGAGGCGCCGUCUACAUCUACAAUGGCAGGAAGGAGGGUAUUUCACCAAAACCAUCACAGAGGAUUACAGGGUCAUCCCUGGGCCAUGACCUGAAGAUGUUUGGACAGUCGCUGAACUCUGGGAUUGACAUCGAUGAUAACGGCUACAACGACGUGGCAGUGGGAGCUUUCCUUUCAGACUCAGCUGUGGUUCUCAGGACCCGUCCAGUGGUUCAAGUGAAAGCUUCUCUGAUUCUGCCUGAACAUAUUGACCAGCGGGGGAUGCAAUGUCAAGAUCACAAGACUCAGACCGUCUGCAUCAACGUUACAAUCUGCUUCAGUGUCGCAUUUAAACACCACAGRGGGGCAAUAGAGCUUCAGUAUAAUUUGACCUCCGACCUCCUCCAUAAACCAUCGUUCCCUCAUCGUUUCCAGCRCAACUUGAUCAGUUGUGAUGUCACUGAGGAAGUGAACACUACAGACGUGAAGGUGGACUGCAGAAUCACCAGCCUCGUCCUCCCAGCGCUAUCUCAGGUGAAUAUCAGUUUUCUGUUGGAUGUCAGUCAGAACAGCACGCCUGGCGACAUUCACAUUAACAUCAACACCAGCAGUGAUAAUUACGAGACGGAUGAGUUUCUCCGAGAUAACACCAUGACGCUUGUUCUUCCUCUGAAACAUGGAGUUGGUAUCAACAUCCACGGUUUUGUGACUCCAAAGUCUUUUGUGUUUGGCGAUGAAGACUUGAUUCCAGCUGAUUGCUACCCUGAAAAAUUCAACUACACAUUUAAGGUGUUAAACUCUGGACCCAGCAAGGCGUUGAACACCGUGGUUCAGAUUGCGCURCCAAAAAUCCUGGCACCGUAUCCACACAGACUGCUUCAGCUCAUCGACUGGAAGUCAUCACAUGGUUCAUGCUCAAUAAGUGACAAAACAAUUUCAGUCAAUGAGGACUGCAACGUUCCUCAGGCUUCAUUCAUCAAACAAAUAAUUUUCUUCUUCUCUCCCACCACCACCCGCACAAUGUUCUGUGGCCGUGUCGAUAAUCUGUGUGAGCAGCUGGUGUGUCGUCUUGGUAACCUGGAUGCGGGCAGAGAUGCUACCAUACAGCUGGAGAUCAGCCUGAAUCCUGCUGUGCUGCUGCAAGCACCGGGCCGUCAUCAUGUUAUGAUGUUGGAGAGCACAGCAACCGUGUUGUCGCCCAGAGAAGAUGCUCACACUGUCCUAAUCAAGGAUCAACCUGCACUGGUGGUGGUGGAAGCUGUUUUUUCCCAGAAACCCUCAAUGGCUGUGAAGAUUUUCAUCAUCGCCGUCAGUUUAGUUUUAGGACUGAUCAUCUUGACCGCUCUCAUCUGGUGUUUGUGGAAGUGUGGCUUCUUUAAGAGGAACUUCAAGAAGCAGGAGGAGUUGAACAGAGACAGCUGGGACUAUGUUCCCAAGCUCAACAAGAGGGAGAGCUCUACUUAAACUCAUCCGCUGCCUCUCGCUGCGACGUCGGGGCAUCAGCAGCGAUGUCAAAGCUGUGCAGAAACUUUGCAGCCAUGACGGAUGAGGAUGAAAACAUCCUGAAAGCACCUGAACCGAUAAACCAAAUGUGCCUUCACAAAGGAGAGACUGAGGAAGACCGCAGCACUGGAUGGAUGGAUGGAUGGAUGGAUGGAUGGAUGGAUGGAUGGAUGGAUGGAUGGAUGGAUGGAUGGAUGGAUGGA